AGCAGAAAGCAGCCACCAGCUAUCAGCAGCGAUCAGAAGGAAUAAUGAGGAAUGUGGAACGUAGUGCUGAACGUGUUGAACGAUGUUGACAAGUUGAAUUUGAUCGCAGUAAUGCAAAAUAUAAGUAGACGUUAUAACUAAUGCCGAUUUUGUCACCGCUAUCGCCAACAGAGUAUCUACCGGUAUCUACUGUUGGAGAUAGAUGGAUUGUAUACAGAAAUUUUUCCGUGUAAUUAUCGAUAUGAUUUGCGAUUGUGACAGAACGGUUAAUUCUUCAUUGAGUUUUACAUAAGUGACAUUGUGUGGUUUUUGUUUGCGGUGUUUAUGUGCCAUAAUAUAAAAUUAACACGGAGGCUCACAAUGAUUACUUUCCAGUAUUACAUAUAAAUUUAGUGUACUGUUUUUCGGCCCAGCGUAAGAAAUGUGGGUGAAACCUCAAGAAGUCCUGUUAGCAAAUGCACUGUGGGUGACUGAACAAGCGAAUCAUUACUUUGUACUUCAGAGGCGAAAAGGUCAUGGAAAAACAAAGGGUUUAUCAUCCAUUCUUGUUGGUACAUUGGAUAGUGUGUUUGACACAAAACCGCCCCCAUUUCGAAUCUUACACCAGACACCAUCGUCGGAGGUUUACUAUUUGAUUGCCUGUUCACUAACAUUCACUGAGAUUGAGAAAGACUGGGAAUGGCUGCAAAGGAAUUUGUCAGACACUCUGAAUUCAUUUGACAAUGAGGAAGAUAUCACAGAAUUUGUUUGCUGCAAAAUCCAGUCAGUGAUUGCUAAUACUCUGCCUGAUAACCAAGGAACUGAAGAUGAAGACACACAGUCAUUUAAGACAGUGUCAUUCAAAUUCCAUCGCUUGUUCAACACACCACCAGAAGAAAAGCUCGUCAACUAUUACUCUUGCAGCUACUGGAAAGGCCGGAUGCCGCGUCAAGGCUGGCUUUACUUGUCAGUGAACCACUUGUGUUUCUAUGCUUACAUCCUUGGCCGUGAAACAAAGUUGGUGAUAAGCUGGACAGAGAUAACUGAACUGGAUAAGACAAACAGCCUUUUGUUCCCAGAUUCCAUUCGUGUUGCAACAAGAGAGAGAGAGCACUAUUUCUCCAUGUUUCUCCACAAAUCUGAGACAUUUAUGCUUAUGGAACAGUUAACAAAUUUGGCAAUGAAACAACUUAUUGAUGAAAAGGGUGGCUUCAAUGAAGACAGAGAUUUGCUCAACAAGCUUAGUAAAAAUGUACCCAGGAAACCUUCCUUCCUUAAGCGUGAUCUUGAUGCUCGAGCACACUCAGAGGCCUACCGUUUAUUGUUUCGCCUACCAGCUGCAGAGAAACUAGAUGGCAGUACAGAUGCAACACUCUGGACACCUUACAAUAAACGCCAUGUCUGGGGUCGGAUGUUUUUGUCACAGAACUACCUCUGCUUUGAAAGCAGGGUGAAAAAUUUAGUAAGUGUAGUAAUUCCCCUGCGUGAUGUACGACUGGUUGAGAAAGCAGAGAAUCAAGCAUCAAAUUCAGCUGUUGAUAAAUCUGUGCUUAUAACAACAUGUAAUCGAACAAGUUUUCUAUUUGCUCAAAUACAAGACCGUGAUUUUCUGGUACAGAAGAUAUCAGAAUUAUUGGCUGGGACAAGAGUUCCUUCUCUACACUCUGUCACAGGAGGCAGUUGUGACAACACAAGCAAUCACAGCAGCUCCAGUGGAAUCAGUAGCUUCAGUCAGUGUGAAGAAGUUAAGUCAGAGCCAUCUUGGUCACCGCAACCUCCGCUGAUGACACUCUUCAAGCUGGAUUUCUCCUCAGAAGCAAUUUCCAAACAAGAGGCGAAAGAGAAGCUUUGGGAACUACAUUUUGCAGAGUAUGGGCGUGGUGUCUCCAUGUACCGAACAACUGAAGUAUCAAAGCUUGUUCUCCAGGGUGUGCCUGACCGAUUACGAAGAGAAGUGUGGAUGUCGUUCUCAGGAGCUAUAAAUGAAAUGGCAGCAAAUGCUGGUUUGUACCGCACGCUGGUGGAUCAAGCCCUUGGUAAGCCCUCAACAGCCAAUGAUGAGAUAGAAAGGGAUCUGCACCGCUCACUUCCAGAACAUCCAGCCUUCCAGUGUGAUAUUGGAAUCAGUGCACUGCGAAGGAUACUGUCAGCUUAUGCUUGGAGGAAUCCUCAAAUAGGCUACUGUCAAGCCAUGAAUAUUGUGGCUUCAGUAUUGUUGAUCUACUGCUCAGAAGAAGAAGCUUUUUGGCAGUUGGCAAACCUGUGUGAGAGUUUGCUUCCUGACUAUUAUAACACAAGAGUCGUGGGGGCAUUAGUUGAUCAAGGAGUGUUAGAUGAUCUCACUUCAGAACAUCUUCCUAAUCUCCAUGCUCGCCUUGAUGAACUUGGAAUGAUUCGAAUGAUUUCCCUGUCAUGGUUUCUCACGAUUUUCCUCAGUGUUAUGCCAUAUGAGAGUGCUGUAAAUAUCAUUGAUUGCUUCUUCUAUGAUGGUGCCAGAGUUAUAUUUCAAGUGGCACUGACUGUGCUGGAAUCGAACCAGGAUAAACUUCUAGCAUGUCGAGAUGAUGGAGAAGCCAUGCAACUCCUGGGUGAUUAUUUGCAAGGAGUGUUUAAUGAAGAGGGCCAACUGACAAUCCGAAAUAAAGAUGGCGAACACAUAAAGAAGAGCAUUUCAGUACAGUCUUUGGUGUAUGAUUCAUACACUCAUCAUGGCUUCCUAACUCCUGGCAUGAUUGAGCGACUAAGGCUCAAAUAUCGCCUGAGGGUGGUGCAGCAGCUGGAGGAUGGUGUGGGCAGAAAUGUGGUGCGCAGUGUAGUAGGAGAUGGGUAUUUCUCCCAAGAUGAACUACAGGAUCUGUUGGUGCUGGUUAGAGAAGAACUGUUGAGCCAGAAACGGGUAACUGCAGAUAGAUAUGACCCCACACAACCUCCAUAUGAAGCAUAUAAAGUUGACUUUGAACUGUUCCGACUUCUGUUUGUAGGCCUUUCCCCAUGGGGGAAGGGCACAUUAGCUGAAUCUUUGGCAGCAAGAAUUUUUAGGUUAAUGGAUCGCAAUGUGGAUGGUCUGCUGAACUUCAGAGAGCUAGCAGUUGCUCUUGGCAUGACCUGUACUGCUGACAUCACACAACGACUGAAGUUACUCUACACACUACAUUUACCUCCACUUUUGACAAGUGCAGAAAUAGAAUCACCCACUUAUUCAGACAGUGGUCCAGAGGUUGCAGCUGAAGCGACAGAUUUCUUUGAUAGUAUGGAACAGAGUGUUGCCUCUUUGGAAUCUGUUUCCAGUCAUGCUGAGGAGAGCGCCGUAGUGGCAGCUCGAGAGUUAGAACAUGAACGGCCUCAAAGGGAACAUUCUUGGGAAGUUCGCAGCAUGGGAAGCUUGCGAUCUCUUGUCGAGACUCGUGACAGCCGUCCUGAUUUAAAAAGUGUUCCAAGAAUGUCACAGCCCCAUUUCAUCAUGCUUUGGAAGACCAUAUAUGAUUUAUUUCAAGCUCAGCCUGAAGAUCUGGAGACCUACCAUUCAAUAGCAACAGUUGGGACUUUGUUACUUCAGUUGGGAGAUGUUGGAAAGCGAUUUUAUAUGGAAAAGGAGGAAUCAGCUGAUAGUCUGCUUGCAGCUGCUGCAGCACAUUGGCCAGAUUCUCAGCCAAACACUCCAUCCACUGAUCAGUCACCAGACCGAAAUGGAAAUCCUGGUAGUGGGCCUGACCCACAUUGGUGCAUUACAGUGGAACAAUUUCUGGCAACAGUACUUACUGGCCAACCUAUUGUGGAGUUUUUUGGAAGAGAAACUUCAUUGUCAGAUGGCAUCAUGAAACUGAGAGGACGACGCUUCAAUAGAUUACAUAGCUUAUCAGACACAGCAUUUGUCAAAGUGUGAAUGGCAGACUGAUACAUAAGACUUGAUUUGUGAAUAAUGUACAAAGAACUUAAAGGUGUCUGAUUUCCAUAGAACACAAAAUGCCAUACUAGGAUGAAUCACAGAAAUGUUCAACAUAAUAUCAUCUCUGGUUUUUGUUCAGUUCCUUGGUGCAUUAUUAAUGUACUGUUUUAUGUGUAUCCUGGUUUUAAUUAAUUUACUUCGUAUUGCAUCUUGAAGCACAUGUUGAUACUUCUGCAUCUAAGUUAUGAAGUACAUUGUUUGGCAAGCAGUUUACAUAUGGGAGCAUUUUUCUUUUCUCUUUUACAUGUUAGUGUACAGAACAGGUAUGGAAAGUGAUUAUGAUUUUUAAUAGUUUACCUUGUUCAUUUUCAUGGUAAGGAAGAUAUGUGUGGUGAAAAGGGGGUAAAGUGUUGGCAGACUGUUACUCUCUUCAUACUUCCAUCAUUACCCUGAUGAGUGUUUUAACGACUUCUGGGAUGCUUACAAUGCCUUAUUUGUCACUAAUUUGCUUCUGGCAUUAAAGGCAUCUGUUUCAAUGUUAACAUCCCAUAUUAUAACUUCAACUGUAUCAUAAUCAAGCAUUUUUUAAUACAGCAUCAGAACAAAGAGUAUAACAAUAGGUAAAAUAAAAGGGAGGAAGGCUUAAAACAAAAGUUUAUGUACAAGCAUUUUUAGUUGGUGGUUCAGAUAUUCAUUGUUUAACCAUUACAGCUAAGCCUAAUCAUACAAUGCUGAUAUGCUAACUCUAAUGCACUGUUGCAGUUAUGGUGUAUGAUAGGUUUUAGAAGAUAAAAUUAUAUAUUAGCAUUGCCAGUUGUAAUGAUAUUCUCACCAACAGUUGGAAGAACCAUCCUAGAUAUUACUAUUAUUAUAAGUUUGUAUGUAAUAUUCUGCUAUAUAGAUGUUGUGUAACCAUGCUUAUUAUUUCACAUAAACCAGAUUUGUAAUCAGUGGCAAUCCUUCCAAAUUUAUAUGAUUGUAGUUAGAGCCUGAAUGAUCAACAGCCCAUUAUUUUUAUUCCUAUGAAUUCUGUGUUCAUGUUUCAAGUUUUUUUAUCCAACAUUAACAUUUUUAUACAUUCUAAAUUAUUUUUAUAAUACUAGAUAACUAUAUAGCAUUUCAUAAUUCUUAACAUGUCAUUACAUCUGGCAACUCCAACUUAAUGGGAAAAAUUUGUGCUAGUACCACAUUACCUUGAACCCACUAUGUGUUAACAUGUGCUGUUUGGGAUAACAUAUGAUGAUGUAAUGCAUGUACAAUAAUAUUUUUUGGUAGAAUAUUUUUAUUGCAUUUCAGUGUCUCUGCCCUGUUGGUCAUACAGUGUGUCCACAAAGUCCUGUCCAGGUUUUGAAAAAUUGUGGCACGCAGACAAAUUGAGCUAGCCACAUGCGGUUUGUGGCAGAUCAUGGUGAAACUCUGGAAGUUUUCUACUGACCUCAGUAGACCUUGAUGUGGGCUCUUUUGGUAACACGGAGAACAUCCAGACAAUAUUCAAGCUUUUGCCAUGUUCUGUGGAGCAUGUCCACUUGAAUAGACGUGAUCGCAUUCCUGAUAUGGGUCUUCAGGUCAUCAAGUCUGUUAACUGGUGUUGGGAACACACAGGAAAAAAUCCAUUGGUGUUAUGUCUGGUGACCGUGGAGGCCAAGGCAUUGGACCGUCUCUGCCGAUCCAUCUUCCUGGAAAUGUCCUGUCUAGGAAUGCGGAUUCUUUCCUGUGGGGUUAUGUAAAGAGCAGUGUGUUCGAAACCCCAGUUGAUGGACUUGAUGACCUGAAGACCUAUAUCGGGAAUGCAAUCUCGGCUAUUCCAGUGGACAUCCUCCACAGAACAAGGCAAGAACUCGAAUAUCAUCUGGACGUUCUCUGUGCUACCAGGGGAGCACACAUUUAGGUCUAUUGAAGCCAGUAAAAAAUUUCCAGAGUUUCACUAUGAUCUGCCACGAACUGCAUGUGGCUAGCUUAAUUUGUUUGCGCACCACAAUUUUUCAAAACCCCAAUGGGACUUUGUGGACACACUGUAUUUUAUUUACAUACACUUUUAACAAACUGUAUUAUCAGAUUUAUAUUUUGUUGGGCUGAAUAUGUAUAUGAUGUGUAUAAGGCAGAGGUUCAAAUAUAAGUGUAUAAAAAUGUACAGAAUUUUUCCUGCUUAAUAGCACACUUCCACUAACAUUCUUAUAUUGUCAUACCAGGAUUGUCUUGAGCAGCUGAGCUAUCUCAGCAUGCCUGUGCAAGCAUCCAAAGUAUGUUACAGUAGCUGUCCAUUAUCAUAAAAUUAAUUUUGGCUAUCUCAGAACACAAAAGAUCGCUUAUGCUGCCACCAGAGCUUGGAUAUACCUGGAGAAACACUGGAAAAUCAUUCCACGACCCAUGUACAGAUAUAAAUGGGGAGAACACUUAGAAUUCUCAAAGGAUUGAGGUGAUGUCAUUCAUGGAAACUGAAGUAUCCAGCUUUCAUAAAGUACAAAAAUGAUAACAUUUAACAUAAAAAUCGACUAAUUAUAAACAAAAAUAAAUAUAAUAAAUGGCUCUAGAAGAUAUCACAAGAUCGAAAAGCAGGCAACAUUGCAAGCAGCUGAGUAAUAAAACCUCACACCUUUCGUAUUAUAAUUAGCUUGCAUCUUCUCCUCCUUUUUGUAACACUUUAUAUUCAGUGAAGUCAUAAUGGCUCAUUGACUGUAAAGGCUGUAUUGCAUGUACUUGUCUUGAAAGCUUCAAGUCAUAGACUUCUUAUGCUAUUAUUUUGAUGUGUUGUUUGUUAUUAUGAAUUUCUUGUGCUGCAUGAAAGAACAGGGAGCUUGGGCUUAACGUGAGUAUUAACAGGAACUGGAGUUCUCAUAAUCUCCAGUUUUCCAUAAGGCCUUAGUCUUGCUAAUGUGUAGCAGUCCUAAAGUUUCACUAUAUAAUUUCAAAGAUGAGACCUGAGGUUUUCACAGGGGUGAAAUUUUAGAUUGUAGACCUGUAGACAUGCAGUUACAUUUUGGAGGAAUGUGCUGUAUGCAUCUUCAGGAUGCUUUCUAUAUGUUGGUAACCAUCAACAUGACUACAGUGUCACUACCCAGAUCACAAUAUAGACUUGAAAGAUAUUUUACAACCAUGAAACAAAUUCAAGUUCUGACUUAUGUCAGCGAUAUAAUGCCAGUAGUUGAGGUGUGUUAAUUUGAUCUGUACUGUCAAGACUUACGUCUGAUGUGAAAUCAAAAAACUAAUCGAUAGCAUAAUUGCUCACACAUACACAUGGUAAGACAACAGAAAUUUUACAUGUACAAAUAUAACCUCAAAUUUUACUCUGAAUGAUAAUCAUACUGACAUAUAAACAAAUUACGUUGGAGGAGUUUCUAGCUGCAAGGCUUGAUUAUCUCUUGUCAUGAUAAUUGGAUGGCUUAUUGGUUAAAAAGUUUAAGAGAGAACUGAAUGAAUUACUACUGCAUCACACUAUCCACUGUUUUAUAUUUUUCAUAAUUCCCUACUUUUUCUUGAAGCAUUGAGAACUAGCUGUAUUUUGCCUUAUUUUCUUAUUACCCUUAUAAGUGUUAAAGACCAGUGCAGCUACUCUAAUAUUUAAUACUGCAUGGUAUUACAGGGGGGUUGAAAGACCAAAUACAAAUAUUUUCCUUAACCUAGAUGACAGUCUGGAAAUGUAAUUGUCUACAGAUUUGUUUUGAAUAAGGAGGCAAUGUUUUUAAAUUUUAUGUGUAAGUUUUCAGUUAGUAUCCACAUUAGAAUACUAAUAUUAAAACUACUAAUUCCUGCUGGUGCUCAUGAGAAAAUAAAAUAUAUUAAACAUCAGAAUUUUGGGGGCCAUAUUUUUUUCAGACAGUACAAUUUAGGAAGAUCUGAAGUUGAUAAAAAUCAACAUUUGGCACUCUUUGUGCACAACUGAGGUUGGAAAUUCUUCUGUGCAGAGUUGAUAUUUAUGCCUUUUAUGUUAUGUUACAAUCUCAGCACUGAUCCUAACAAGCCAUAAGCCCUAGCCCAGAGUAUGCAGUAUUUCACAGUUGUUUGAAUUGCCAAAAGCAGCCUGUAGGCACUUAAAUUGCUGUAUGUAAACAUGAUUGUCAUAAAAUUAUGUACAAUGCUUUAUUUAGAACAGUUCAUGUUAUAGCACUGCCACUGAACUACUGACAGCAGCAUAUAAACAAGAAGUCUGGGAAGAACAAAUUUAACCUCAUAUAGGGCAUGUGAUUAUGACACAGAUCACACACAAAACACCGCAUCCAGCAGUGUCUACUGUUGCGUGUGUAUUCAUUGCCAUGGGAAUGUAUUUACCAAGCCAUUGCCUAACAACAGCCAUCUCUUCUG